UUGUUUCCUUGCUGUCUCGUCUCUUCCCUUUCAUUAUUAUAUGUUCUCCACUUUCUUUCUCAUAUUCUCUCUCUCCUCUCUCUCUCUCUCUCCAUUGAUUGCAGGGGGCUGAUCAAAUAUCAAUGGGAUCAGGCAGCAGCAGGAUCGCGUCUCGGCCCCCGCGGCAGCGUCGGACCACGCCCGAGCUCAACUUUGCCACCUGUUCUCUCGGCGCGGCGCCUCCACCUCUGCCGCUCCUCCUCAGAUUGAAAACCGGUCAUCAGAGAAAUUGGUUUUACCAGCAAGCCUUCAUGGUCCCAUAGAAGAUGAUGAUCUCGAAUGUAUGGUAAAGGAAUCUCCUCUGACCUUAUCUUCAAACAGCAGCUCCUCAAGCUCCAUUAAUGAACACCUGAUGUCUGGUAUAAUCGUCAGUAAUGGUCACAAAGAAAACUCAGCGCUUCUACAAAAUACUGAAGUCAGUGAUUGUGGUAAGUGUCUCACUGAAAGCAAGGAGCUUGUUCCUUGUGUAUCAAGUGCAAGUUCUGCUUCCAACAUGACUCAUUCUAAAAAGACAUGUAAUCUUGCAAGUACUUCAAAACAAGUGGAUCUAGAACCAUCUUCAACGAAUACAGAUACCGUGUUUGUUCCAGUUGAAGAAGAUGCUGACAGCAUAAAUGACAAUGUAUCCCAACAUUCCUCAGUGAGGUUUUCAAGUAGUGUUUCUCGCCUGGAACCAAUAGAUACUCCUCCAAUUGUGAACUUGACAAGUGAGAUACCUGAUGCUGGUUCAACCAUUGCUUCUACUGCAGCCAUCUUAUCCUCAAUUUCAAACUUGCGGGCAGAGGAACCUCUCCUUGAGGCAACCUUAUCAGGUGAAGACUUCCUCACUGUGGAAACAAGGAGUCAUGGAAAUGACCUUCAUGUUGAUGUUAUGAGUAUCCCUUCAAACAAUAUACCGAGUGGCACCGCGGAUAUAAGUAGAAACGAGGUAAGAAGGAAUAGUAGAAGGCUAUUUUGGGAUGCCUUGUCAAGGCGCAGUACUAGAAGGAACUAUGACUCAGAAAUAUUGUCAUCCACUGAGGAUAAUGAUGAACUCGGAUUUAAUGACAGGUGGUUACUAGAUAUUAGCAAUGACCUUUUCAGAACUAGGUUUGAUCAUGAUUCAGUAUUUUUGCAACGUAGAAGGCAUGGUUUCAAUGGAAGAAGAUGGCAUUCUAGAUCUGAGAUAAGAGAACGACUCCGUGUUGGCUCUAAUAAUGACAGGAGACAAACUAACUUUUGCCCGUCAGGGCUCCACCCAGAUGGUAGAUGUACUUGUGAUUCACUAUUCAUGCAUGAGGAAUCGAGUACUCGAGCUAGUAUUUCACGGAUUGUUUUGUUAGCUGAAGCCUUAUUUGAGGUCUUGGAUGAAAUCCACCGGCAACCUGUUUCGCUUUCACUUUCAGUGGUUUCUCUUCCAGCACCAGAAUCUGUUGUGAAUGCUUUGCCUGUCAAGACUUACAUAAAACAUGAUGCAGUUGAAACAUAUGACUUAGAACAGUGUUACAUUUGCUUGGCUGAAUAUGAGGAAGGCGAUAGUAUAAGAGUCCUUCCUUGUCGCCAUGAAUAUCAUAUGUCUUGUGUUGAUAAGUGGCUCAAAGAAAUGCACGGGGUAUGUCCGCUGUGUCGCCAGGAUGUUUCCCAGGUCACUGCAGAAGUCAUUACAUAAGUCCUGUAUAACAUUUGCCUCGCUCAUUAAAAGAAUAUGUGUACAUGAUGGUAAUGUAAAUAACUGUCUGAAAAUGAUAUAAUCUGUAGGUAUGUACAUAUAUUCCACUGUCUAAUAUUUCUCUUAAUACUCUGUAAUCUCCUGGCUCAAGUUAUUUCUUUUUGGGUC